AGCCGCAUACGAUCGCAUUGUAACUAACGCUACUAGCGCAUUCGGAUACUUUGUUGAUAAUCCUAGUUAUUUGAAAGAAUUUCAACUUUUUCAUUGUAAUUCGUGUUAUCAAGCAAACUUUUAUUUUCACAAUGUAUUUAACCGGCACAAUAUCAAUGUUAGUCCUGUAUAUAUCAGUGACAACCGCUUUACCACCAUGUGUUUGCACGCGCGAGAAAAAUCCCGUAUGCGGUUCAAAUGGAAAAACUUAUAGCAACGUUUGUAUGCUCAACUGCGCUCGCGCAUCUGAUCCAGAUCUCUCCCUACAAAGUUACGGUAAAUGCGAAGCUCCCCCAGUUAUCCCAGACAACUGCAUAUGCACGUUCGAAUUCAAUCCAGUAUGCGGUACAGAUGGUGAAACUUAUCCCAAUCCAUGCACCCUCAGAUGUCGCCAGAGACAAAUCCACAGACUAGAUAUCAGCCAUAGAGGAGCGUGUAGGAACAUUCGAGAUGUCGAUGAUUCUUGCGGUUGUAAGAAUAGAGAAACAAAAUUAGUCUGUGGCACAGAUGGUUUCACGUACAAUAACCCAUGCUUACUGAACUGUGCUCGCGAAACAAAUCCUGACUUACACGUACUCCAUGUUGAUUCUUGUGACGCAAAUAAAGACGAUUUUCCUAAAACGCCUCUUUGUGCAUGUACGAGGAAUCUACAGCCGGUGUGUGCAUCAAACGGAAUCACUUACGGCAACAAAUGUCUUAUGAAAUGCGCGGGAACUCACCUCACUAUAAAAGGACUUGGAUCUUGCGAUGAAUUUUAAUGUUGUUAUUUAUUUAAAAUGCGUCAUUUCGUACAAAGAAUUGCAGUAACACCGCUAAAGGAAUAUAUAAAGCUUGCCAAAUUAUUGUGGGUGUAAAUUAUAGGUUUAAAUAUUUUACGCAAUAAUAUAUUGCAAAUGUGAUACGAAUUAGGUUAUAUUUUAUUAUUGAUUUUCUAUUU